AUGAUCUUAGUGAACAUUAGUAUAGCAUAUCACCCGGGCCUAACGUCAAAGGACGCCUCUCUGUCCUACGACCCGGACGCUCCUUUGGGGGAGAUCCAGAGCGAUGUGGUGUUCCGUGAAGGACAGACCUCCGGAGGCCACGCCACCUACACUCCACGACUCAUCGCAAUGGACCUCAAAGGGAGUCUUCGAACGCUCCGACAGGAAGGAAGUCUGUACGACCCUGGGAAAGACACAUCUGCAGCGUCAUGGGAGGGAAAUCUCAUGUUGCACAAAGAAAGUCCUCCAUCAAAGAACCCUUUCCUGGAGGAUCUGGACACUAUUGAUAAAGGAGAGAUUUUAGCAGAAUCAGACUCCUCCUUCUCUCCCCCACACUGCUCUGCCGCAGCAGUGACUGUGGACUCGGUGAACACUCAGCUCUCCAAACUUCAGAAAAGCUACAGACUCGAGGGCAGCGUCCGAGUCUGGUCCGACUUCCUGCGGAUCCACCUCCACCCGAGAACCAUCUCUGUGGUCCACCAGUACAACCACGACGGAGAGGCCCAUCGUCUGGAGGCGUUCGCUCAGGGAGAGUCUCUGCUGCAGGGACCGGUGCUGGAGGAUCUGGAAGACCGUCUGCACUUCUUUGUGGAAGAGUGUGAUUAUCUACAGGGGUUCCAGGUGUUCUGUGAUCUGGCAGACGGGUUUUCAGGCCUGGGGUCGAAGGUCACAGAGCUGCUCCAGGACUCCUACAGUGGGCGGGGCAUACUCACGUGGGGGCUGGCACCUGUCAAUCACCCAAACUCAACUCGGAUGAAGGACCUGUACCACCUGCUGAACUCUGCCCUGGGCUCGGUGCACUUGUCCGGUCACAGCUCCAUGUUCUGUCCCAUGACGCUGCGGGGGGGUCUGGGUUUAAGGCCCACUGCACCUGUGUCCUUCCCCUUCCUCAGCUAUGAUCCCAGUCUGUGGUACCACUCCAGUGCAGUUCUGGCUUUGGCCCUGGACGCCAUCACUGCGCCUUACAGACUGCGGACCAACAGCGCCACCAUGUGGCAGCUGUCAGACACUCUGACUGUUGCAGGGAGGAAGGUCGUCUCUGCGUACGGGGCCGUCCCAUUUCCCAUGAUGCACGGCGGCUCUCUGCCCGACGCCCUCAGCCCCUUCUCCAAGUCGUUACCGUGGAAACCUCUGUCGUCGUGUCCGGAGGCGGGAGACGGGCGAUGCUUCGGGCAGUGGGCGACUCUGAAAGGCUUCGAGGGACAGAGGCUCGUCAGUUCUCUGGCCCCUGGGAACCCUCCUCCUUCUGCUCUGCACUCUCUUCACAGCGGAGAGGACGUCCUGGGGUCUUACCUCAGCUCCUUCUACCCCAACUCUCCACUGGCUCUGCAGCUUGUGUCCAGUCCCAGUAAACUCACGGCUCCGUUUCCUCAGAUGUUUGACCCGAGGCUUGAUACAAAUGGACUUUUACACGGUCAGACUCCACAGACAGGAACGUCCGUGGCGCCCGUGGCCUCUGCUCCGGUCCUGACCUCGCUCCAGUCCAGCCCUGGUCUGGGGUCGUGGCUGUCGGACCUGCACCGUACCGUGAGCUCCCUGGACGUCCGGCGCGUGGCCCCCAGCUUCCUGUGCCAGGGGCUGGAGGAGGGAGACUACAGCGAGGCCCUGGAGCAGCUCAAGCUUCUGUCCCGGUGUUACCGUGACGACAGCGGCGGCGCUACACGCUCUUCUUCCGAGGACGACGACGACGACUGA